AUGGUCGGCGCUCAUGGCGUGGGCGCCGGCAGGGAGGACGCACUGCAGUUCGUUAAAGAUCCAUCCGAGGGUGGCUCAAACAUAGCGCGCAUCACACAUGGCACCAGCUUGAUCUCCUCCUUCAGCAUGGGAAGCAAGGUCGUCGUCUUCGUGUCCUUGUACAUUGGAAGCGAGAUCGCUUGCUUUGUCUUCUCCUUGGGCAUGGAAGAUGAGUUGCAGUUGUCCAUGGAGUCUGGCGUGAAAGAGAGGGAGAGAAACAAAGCUACGGAGAUACGCGUGCCAGACUCGAUGGAAUGCAUAUGUAUAGAGAAAAACGAUAGUUCAUGGAGUAAAUGCAAGCUGGAAGGUAGUAGAUGUGGCGUGAGCUUAUGGAAUUGGCCCCCUCUUAAUUUUAGCUCAGGCUCCGCCACUGGUCCGGCGAAAUCAGUCCCAUCCGGCGACCUCUCUCCAUUCCAGGCUUGCAUUUUCAUGAUGAAGGAGGUACAAUAUUUGUCUUGGCCAAACCUCCUGCCAGAAAUUUUGGGACUUGUUCUCAGGCGGCUGCCCUCCUUAGCUGACCAUGUUCGACUAAGGGCAGUGUGCCGCCCAUGGCGUUCCAACGCUCAGCUAGAUCCCUUGCCCCCACUGCUUCCUUGGCUCACCCUCCUUGACGGGACCUUCUUGAGUAUUCCAGAUGGUAAAAUUAUCAGAAUGCCGAUACCAGAUAAAGCUUUUUGCAGUGGUUCUGUUGACAACUGGAUGUUCUUUAUGCAUAGUGACGGUGUCUGCUCACUGAUGAACCCUUUCUCCAAGGCCACAGUUAACAUUUCUAAGCUAGUCAUCACGUGGUUCAAUUCAAACUCCAGAUAUUAUAAUUCUCAUUUCUUUAAGCUGGUGGCACCCUCGCCCUUGGAAUCAUCACCAGGUUCCCUUGUUGUGCUGAUCUUGGAAGGUGGUCGUAGAAUUCGUAUCUGCCAGCCACCAAUUGCAGUAGACUUGGAGUUGCACCCUUGCUUCUCUUGGCCCCAUGGCCAGCCACAACUGUCCCUUCUUGAUGAUAUUACCUUCUUUAAUGGAAAGUUGUAUGAUCUUAGUAGAAAUGUGCUUUCAAUAUUUGAGAUUAAUUAUGGUCUUGAUGGGUUUGAGGUCUUUGAGGCAGAUUUGAGCACCAAACCAGGCCAAUGGAGAUGUGUCUCUGAGUUGGGUGGCCAAGCUCUGUUUGUUGGGAAGCACUGCUCCAAGUCUUUUCCUGCUGGAGAGUGCACUGGAGUUGAAGAGGACUGCAUAUAUUUCAUUUGUGAUUAUGUUCCGGCGAACCUUGGUGCUGAUCCUCUUGGUGACAGUGGUGUGUACAACAUGAAAAGUGGGAAUAUCAAACCCUUGUUAUCAGAGUCUGCAGCUGUGCCACAGCAUCAUGGUGGUCAGUGGCGUCCAACUUGGAUAUUUCCAGCUGAUGCCAUGUAA